AUGCAAGUUCCCCUGUAUCCCACGUCUCGCUGCUUGAGCAAGUUCUUGGCUGGAGAUUUUGUCUUUACGGAGACUUCCUUGUCAUCUCCUUCGUCAAUUGCACCUGAAGAACACACCUGGCUUAGCGACUACCGUGCCUGGUAUAACAUUAUUACGGAAGUGGGUGACGGUACGUUUGGUAGUGUUUGGCGUGCAAUCAAUAAGGAAAGUGGUGAAGUGGUUGCAAUCAAGAAAAUGAAGAAAAAAUAUUUUUCUUGGGAGGAGUGCAUCAAUCUCCGUGAAGUGAAGUCCCUCCGAAGGAUGAACCAUCCAAACAUUGUGAAGCUCAAGGAGGUCAUAAGAGAGAAUGACAUGCUGUUCUUUGUUUUUGAAUACAUGGAAUGCAAUCUAUAUCAGCUGAUGAAGAGCAAGGGAAAGCCUUUUUCUGAGACUGAAAUCCGGAACUGGUGCUUUCAAGUAUUUCAAGCUCUUAGUCACAUGCAUCAACGUGGAUACUUUCAUCGGGACCUUAAGCCUGAAAAUCUGCUAGUUACAAAGGAACUCAUCAAGGUAGCUGAUUUUGGGCUUGCUCGUGAGAUUAUUUCUGAACCACCAUACACAGAAUAUGUGUCAACUCGCUGGUAUCGUGCCCCAGAGGUUCUACUUCAAGCUUCUGUUUACAGCUCAGCAGUUGACAUGUGGGCUAUGGGCGCCAUUAUUGCCGAGCUUUUUUCACACCGACCUCUUUUCCCUGGCUCAAGUGAAGCGGACGAGAUAUACAAAAUCUGUAGCAUUCUUGGCACACCAAAUCAGCAUACUUGGGCUGGAGGACUGCAGCUGGCAGCAUCUAUCCAUUUUCAGUUUCCUCAGUCUCGAUGCAUAAGUCUUUCAGAAGUGGUUCCCACAGCAAGUGAAGAUGCGCUGAACCUUAUUUCGUGGCUUUGCUCAUGGGACCCCCGUAAAAGGCCAACCGCAGUGGAGGUUUUGCAGCAUCCCUUCUUUCAGCCAUGCUUCUAUGUCCCCCCUUCACUUCGUUUCAGAUCGACCGGAUAUGCAACAACACCACCAUCAGUUGGGGCUAAAGGGGCUAUGGACCAGAAGAAUGCUAGGAGAUACCCUGUGGGGACUUUAACCAACGGGAGACCGGCAGUCAAUAACUCGUACCUGAGCACUAGUAAUGUCCCAGCAAGAGCAGCUGGUGUGCAAAGGAAGCUAGAGCUGGAUCAUCAGGUGAAACCAGAGGGCAACCAUAAGCUGACGAAGGAGAACGCGAUGAACCAGCCUUGGUCCCGACUACCACCAGCACCAGUGAGGAACAACGGGAACUACCUCGCUGCAAAGGAGCAGAUCCCUCAUGGCGGCGUGCCUGACAUAGCCGAGAAGCUGUCCCAGCUGUCAGUUACCUCCACCACCAACCGGGCGCCGAUCAUGUCUUCGGACAGGUUUGCUGACCUGAAGGGCGCUACCAGAGCCCACCAACCGGAGCCCGUGAGGCGGCCCGUGCCUCUGGGACCCAGGGACACGUGGCACGCCCGGAACGACCCCUUCCGGCGCACCUACGAGAUGCCCGGCGAGAGGGCUCUCCUCCAGAGGAAGCUCGUCAGCUGA